AAAAAUUCAACUUUAAUUCCCACCUAAACAAAUCCACGUGUUGAUGUUUAUGACGGUAAGGCUAAUACUCGAUACAGAAUGGUUUACUUCAACUGUAAUACAUGUGGUGAAACCUUGAAGAGAAACAAAGUAGAGAUACAUUACAGAACAAAAUGUCGAAGCUGUGAAGUUGUAUCUUGUGUUGACUGUAGUAAAGAAUUUUGGGGAGAUGAUUAUAAGAAACAUAUGACUUGUGUCAGUGAAGAAGAAAAAUAUUCUGGUAGUAAUUAUGUUGCAAAACCAAAUAAAGGGGAAGUUAAACAAGAACUAUGGCAGCAGUCUAUACAGGAAGCUGUAGAGAAAAAUAAACAAAAUCCCAAACUUAGAGAUUUAUUAUCAAGAUUGAUAGACCACCCCAAUAUACCAAGAAAACAACGUAAAUUUGAGAAUUUUAUGAAAUCUAGUUUUGGUGUUCGAGACAAUAAAUGUAUAGCACAGAUCUGGGAAAUAAUUUCUCAAAAUACUACAAAUAACGACAAUGGUGAGGUCAAAGAUUCAGUGAAUGGAAAGACAGGUGAUAAAAUCGUAUCAGAUAACAGUGGCAUCAUAAAUGGAGAAAAUGAUUCUGAGGAAACAAAUAAAAAGCUUAGUAAAAGGGAGAAGAAAGAACAGCGCAGAUUACAAAAUGAUAAAAAGGAAAAGAAAGAUAAAAAUAAAAACAGUGUGGAAAAUGGUGAAGAGGUGAACGGGUCAACAAAGAGCAAGAAAAAGAGAAAAAGGAAAAAUGAAGAUAGUGAUGAAGAAGAGGAUGAAGAAGUUCAAUCUGGGAAAAGAAAGAGACAAAAUGAAGAUGAGAAUGAGGAGGAGGAGGAGGAGGAAGAAGAGGAACAACCGGUGAAAAAAAGAAAGAUUAAGUUUGAUUGGGAGAAAACAAUUAUAACAGUUUUAAAAACUAAAGGGGAAGAUUUACCUGUGAAAAAAUUACGUAAAAAGGUUUUAGCAGAAUAUUCAUCACAAGGUGGUUGUCUGGAAUCUGAAGCUGAACUCAGUGCUAAAUUCAAUAAGAAACUCAUGAAAAACCCUAAAUUCAAAGUUCUGAAGGAACGAGUUAAACUUGUAAAAAAUAAAUGAUGUGAUUAUCUGCAAAAUGGACAACAAUUGAGUGAAUAUAUUUACGAGAACAUCUAUUCAACCUCCAAUGAUCCAGUGAUUUGAAAGAACAUAUUAAAAGACAUUCAUAGGGAGGAAAAACAGGAAUGGUGAUACUGGGUGGAUGUUUUGUUAUCAUUUUUUUAAAACUGAAAAUAAAGUAUAUAUCGGUAUAAAAAAAAUAAAAGUUCAAAUUUA